UGCACAACGCGAGUAAGCAAGACGGGUUCCUCAUAACACGUCUCAUAAUUCUAUCGACAGGUUUGGAAGUAAUAAUUUUACUAAAGAGUGAAAGGCUCUUCGUUUUGUUUUGAAACGAAAAAUACCUUUGAAAAAUAUAAUAACAAAAGUAUCAGGUACUGCGAUAUUUUGUUGUUUUGAUAGUUUUGGAAAUUAUUUAACGCGAUGGUAGCUACGUGGUGUUGUGUGCCUCUUUGCAACAACUUAGCUAAUCCAAAAAAAGAUCACACGUUUCAUCCAUUUCCGAAAAAUCCGCUUAUACGAAAAGUGUGGAAAGAAAGGAUACUUUACAACAGUAAGUUAGAAGGAUGGGAAGCAGUAUGUUGUCUCCACUUCAAAAAGCAGUGUUUCAAAAAAUGUUACAAAACUAACACUCAUCUACUGAAGUUUGAUGCAGUUCCGAGUCUAUAUUUACCGAAAGCUGGAGAACCUCUUACAUUUCCCUUCUUACCUGGCACUUUGAAAAUAACUAAACAAGAUGCCGGACUACAUUAUUCGGUAUUACUUCGAAAACUUCGUACAACAGAACCGAGCGACUCUCACUUCUCUGGUCGAUUGAAAGAUUCUAAAGUUCUAGGUAUUUUGGAAAAGAAUUCGUAUUUGAGGGACUACAUCUUACAAGAGGCUUUUCCUAACUUGAACCAUGAAGUGCUUUCGUCAUUGUUAAAGCAAUUUUCAGAUCCUACCCAUAAUGUUGCUAUUUUUCAUAGUAAAGUGAACAAUUGCAUUACCUUGCGCUACGCGUCCACAAACCAAACGACAUCAGAAGUCGCGAUGAUAGAUGCAAAUGAUGAUGGUAUGGCGGCAUUGGCAGUAGAUGAAAACAAAAAAAGUCGAAUGAAAACACGAGAUCUUGCCGAUGAGCUAGAUUUUACAGGUCAAACUAGUUUUUCGGGCAAUUUUCCAAACAUAUACAGGGAUAAUUAUUUUGAUUAUAAACCAAAGCCUUAUAAACAGGCUGAUAAAAGGGAGUCUAUAGAUCUAUCGGUCACUCCGACUGUAUUUUUGUGUAACAAGUGUUGCAAGUUACUACCAAGCCACAUGACGAAAGCACAUAAGGAGCUCUGUGAUUUUAGACUAUACCAAUGCACAACGUGUUUUGCUGGUUUUCUUCUGGCAAUGGAUCUCGAGAAGCAUAUUAGAAAAUCACAUCCAAAAGCGCUUGACGCAUCAGCGACUGUGGGAGCUUUUCAAUGCGGAAAGUGUAGUGCAACUUUCGUCAUUAUGAAUGAUCUAGUUAGGCACAUUGAAACUCAUCAGGUUAUUGACGAGCACUCGAUACUGGAGUGUGGUGCUUGUGGAGCAAUAUUCUUGGUGAUUGAAGAUCUUCGUCAACAUUUGGCUAUUUUUCAUUCCACUAACAAUAACCAUUUGACAUUAGUUAGGCAAUCUUUAUCACAGCCAAACCUAGCUGCCCCGCAGCUGAAUAGCCCGGAUAGUUCAACAAUUCUAUUCGACCAGCAAGCUCAGGAUUUUACUGAUUAUUGCGAGGAUGAGAACCAUUCACAGUCCCGUAGGACUAAUCACACUCCAGCCAAUAACAUUGAUCCUUUUUCUGGCGGAAAUUUGAUUAUGUCCAAUUCGAUAAUGUUGUCAGAAUCUGAUUUAGGAGGGCCAGAAGGAACAUACGAUAUUUUCCUGUGUAAACAAUGUCCUGCUCGAUAUCGGACGUUUAAAGACUUUUGCAUUCAUUUUAAGACAAGUGCACAUCAACUGGUCAAGUUGUGCACGUUUUGUGAAACAGUGUUCACAGAUGAAGCUGACUAUAAUCGGCAUAUCAAUACGCAUGAUCCGGAGCAUCUGUUUCGUUGCAAUCUGUGUGUACUUGAGGUAGAAAACUUCGAAACACUUCAAAAACUUCAUGAUCAUCGGGUCGAAAUCCAUCCGGAAGCUCCAGACCCAGUGUUUAGCCUUUGUGGAAUAUGCUGCAAAAUUGUUUACAAACCAACAAUGACUGAGCAUAUGAAAAUUCACAUUGAAAGGCAGCAAAUAGUCUGUACCGAGGAUAGUAAAAUAUUACUAGAAACCCAGAGUGCACACCAUAUGCAACGCAACAACAACGAGCAAAAUACCGAUCGAAAAUGCAGGUUUUGCGAUAUAUUUAUUAAUCAAGAGCUGCUUCCAGAGCACGAACGUUCCGAUCACCCGGAAAAAUAUCCAUAUAACUGUGCAAUCUGUGAUGCAGGAUACUACGCACACCUGGAAUUAAAACAACACAUAGCUGAAAAACACAAACAAGCUGAAAUCAUUCAAUGCUUAGGGCCGCGCUUGUACCGACCUGUGAAAGUCAAUGACGCUUAUUACUACGAAUGUAAGGCGUGUCUCGAAGACUUUACAACUGCAAAAGCUGCUGUUGGACACAUCAAAUCUACGCAUUUUGCCAGCACUGGAAAAAACGUUCGAAAGUUUAUAAAAGUUCAGAAAGAAACCAAAGUGACAUUGAGUAAUUCUUCUUCGUCGAAUCCGCUCCAUUCUAAGAGACCUUGUCCAGUAUGUGGACAUUGGAUACCCAAAAAAGAACAUCCCGUGCAUAUUCAAACGCAUCCUGAUGAAUUCCCGUUCAGCUGUGUGCUUUGUGACAGACAGUUUCGAGAUCAAAGUAAUCUUCUUGGCCACAUUGCGGAUGAGCAUACCGAAGAAGAACGGUACGAUUUCACAUCUGGAGACCGUAACUAUUUGGUGUUUAAUAUUGCGGAUUUCAAAUAUUACGAAUGUCGAUUGUGCCGAUCAGAGUUCUUGACGAAGGAAGAUUGCCGGCUGCACAUUCGGUCGCAUUCACCAGGCAUUGAAGCUUCGGCCACAAUUGCACUCAAGUUGUAUGCAUUAUACUACGACCCAGAAACAGUAGAAAUGACAAAUGAAUCUGCACUGGAUGUCGAUUAGUCUUAACGUUAGUUUAGUCAUUUUGGAAUAUGUUCGGUGUUGAGUUGAACAUGUAAAUAAAUUAAGUUCGAUAGAUUGA